GGAGGUUGACGCUUGUUAGCAACACGUUGACUGGAGCCACCGACCGUUAGCUCUUUUAACAUUUCCGACAGCAUUGAACGCAGCACCAACUCCAGAAAACACCGACCAGGAAGUGGAUCAAUGGGACGAAAGUUUCCGCUCUGAAACCGGUCCAAACAAAGAUCCGGACACCAUGGCAACAACGCGAAUGUGUGUCCUGUUCGUCGUCCUGUCCACGACUUUAAGUGAAGACUUUAAAUUAAAAUAUAAAGCAGCAAACAAACCGGUCCGCCUGUUCACUGAGGAGGAGCUGAAGAGACACGACGGCAGAGAGGAGGGACAGCCUCUUUACAUGGCAGUUAAAGGAGUUGUGUUUGAUGUCACCAAGGGCAAAGAGUUUUAUGGAAAAGAUGCACCAUAUAACGCCCUGGUUGGUAAAGACUCGACCCGAGCUGUGGCCAAGAUGUCCCUGGACCCAGCUGACCUGACGUCAGAUGUUACGGGUCUCACUGAGGAGCAGCUGGAGUCUCUGGAAAGUGUUUUUGAAGGCACGUACAAAACUAAAUAUCCCAUCGUGGGUUACACGGCAUCUCGCAUCCUCACAGCAGACGGAAGUCCCGACAGAGACUUCAAACCAGAGGACCAGCCUCACUUUCAAAUCAAAGACGAGUUUUAAUCAAGUGAUUACGUAGCUUCUUCUUCUACCAGAAUCAGAAGCUCAAAAACAUGAACUGGAGGUUUACAGGAUCCUUUGUUUUCUGUGAGAGCUCCUAAUGUGAACAAUCCCUCAAAAAACACUUCAACACACACUACCUUACUCAACGGCACCUCUUGACUCAGCAGUACUCGGGAAGUUACCCGGCACCUCUCAAACUUCCACACUUUGGUCCCCACCAGGACUUGAGCUGGAGACCCUCCAGUUCCCAACCCAAGUCCCUACAGACUGAUUAAAUCAGGCAACAAGACACAACAGGUACACAAAAGACAACAUCAGAAAUACCGCCCCCCAAAAGGAACAGACUAACUCGUGUGUUACUUUUUUUAACCUCACAAUUUGUUUUUGUUUUUACCACAAAAUUCAUAACUUUUACUCAACUUUUUGUUCUUCUAUCAAAAAUCUAAAACCUGAAACUUUUACUGCUGCACACAAAACAAGUCCCUUCUCACAACCUCAGAGGAAAGAAGUGAUAUUCCUCAGAUCAAGUAGCGACCUCCAAUGCUGAAGUGUAAAAUCCUGCAGUUCCUGGAGUGUCCACUAGAGGCUGGCUGCAGAAGCACAGGAAGUCACAUACACACCCAUUCUAAAAAGCCUGUUUUUACAGCAGAGAUUAACAUGUUUACAGCCUGGUUCAAAAAACCAAAUAGGUGUGAUUAGCUCAUGUCUCGAUGGACACACACUGUACGGGGGGUGAAUGUUUUGAUGACUCAUCAGUUUUGAUUUGAUGAAGGAUAAGAGUUAUUCACAAUAAGGCGUGUAGCUGACCUGAUUGACAGGCGGGCGCGGUGUAACGGUCUCAGGUCCAGCUCUCAGCCUGUCGUUAGGUUUGACUGAACGACCACAGAGCGACGACAAAUUAAAACCUCAUUAAACAAACUUCUGUUAUUAGUUUGAAUCAUCUUCUUCAUGUUGUUGUUGUCUUCAUUAUGAGGCGUUCAUACCUGCCUCCCAGAGCCUCAGAACCUUUACCUCCCCCAGUCCUCCCAGUGGGAGUGGUCAUGACGUUUGUGCGAAACAGACAUCGAUAUCGUUUUAAUGUAAACAGCAUCAUAUCAAAGAUUAAAUACUAUCAUGACACCUCUUGUAGUACUUGAGAUCGGUCUUGGUCUCAGGACUAGUCUUAAGACCACUUUUUGAAGGUCUCGUCUCAAACUGGAGUCUCGGCCUCAGACUGGACGGACUUCUGGUUGGAAUUCAAGACCGGUCAAGACCACCACAGACAGGCUCACAAGAUGAUGAUUUUUUUAUUGAUAUUCAUGGUCUUGUUCUUGGUCUUGACUCGGUCUGGAUCCCUAAAUGUCUCGGUCUUGUCCUGGUCUCAGUCACUCUGUUCCAUACUACAACAUUAACCUUUAGUUUACACGAUCAGUCUCUAGUCGAUUUGUUUUCUACCUGGUUUUGUUUUUAUACAAUUGUUAAUAAAGUUUGUAAAUGUUAAA